AUGUUGUUCACUCCGGGGCAGACGUUGGAUAACACGUUAGGAUCGUUGUAUGUCGGCUCGUUACUCGCUGCAGUACUAUACGGCAUAACGAGCAUCCAAACCUACUCGUACUUCAGCUGGUUCUACAACAGGGAUUCUUUUGUCCAUCGUGUUGCUGUCGGAUUGCUAUGGUCCCUGGACACCAUCCAUUUUGUCCUCGUCGUCCACGGCGUAUACUACUACUGUGUGGAAAGCUUUGAGAACCCGCUAAAGCUCCUUACGCUUGUUUGGUCGAUGAAGCUCCAAAUCGUGAUCAACGUCAUCAUAAUUCUUCUCGUGCAAGGAUUAUAUGCUUACCGCGUGUGGCUGCUCGGCGGGUACCACAACAGAAUCCUCGCAUACAUUGUCAUAUUCAUCACGGCAGGUGGCUUUGCUGUCGGCAUGGCCCUCGCACACGCCGUGUAUACACUCACUUUCGUGGCCGAUCAUGAGAAGAUCGGGUGGGCAAUAAUCUCCUCCCUCGCUACGGCGACCUUCGUCGAUUUCUUCAUCGCGGGCGCGAUGGUGUACUACCUUCGUCGCAGUCGGGGGUUGCAGCAGCACGUAAACUCGAAGAUCUCGACAUUGAUGCAGAUGUCGCUCACCUCGGGGAUACUCACUAGCGCAUGCUCAACGGCUGCUCUCAUUACUUACGUCGCCCUCCCGAAAACACUCAUUUUCAUGGGCGUCGAGUCGUUCCUUACUAAAUUAUACAUCAACUCGUUCCUCGCGAUGUUAAACGCGCGCGAGCGGCACCACGACCUCCCCCCUUACCAAACCGACUCGCACUCGCAUUCCUCCCGCAACGGGGUAGCUGUUCAUAUCCAAACUUUGAGCAAACCUGGGAUUAUUAGCACGAGCGGAUCCAAGUCUGAUGGAUCAAACCCCCGAACGUCCCUCUCGCUCUACAAAUCAUCCAUAGCUCCUGUUUCUACGUUAGCUUCGCCGUUGGAGUCACAGACGGGCCUCAACGAUUUGAGUGAUAAGGACGGAGGUGUAGGCGAGGAUCGCCGUCGAGAUGACGGGGAGAAAGACGAGGAUAAAGUAUACCCGUGGUAA